UUUCGCAGCCAUUUUCUGUCCAACCACACGGCCGAUUGCAAGAGCGAACCAACCAGGGCUUCAUUGCAGAUGGACGGAGACGGUACCACCACAGACGCCUCGCAGUUAAACAUAACUGGCGAUUAUAUGACCGGAGGCCACUAUGUCCUACAAACUCAAGAGGAUGACGGUGAAGAAAGUCUGCAUGACCAUGAAGAUGGCAAUGGGUGCAAAGACAAUCUCAGAGAGCAGGACAUCUAUCUACCCAUUGCAAAUGUCGCUCGUAUCAUGAAAAAUGCCAUCCCACAGACUGGAAAGAUUGCAAAGGAUGCGAAAGAAUGUGUACAGGAAUGUGUAAGUGAGUUCAUCAGCUUUAUCACAUCAGAAGCCAGUGAGCGGUGUCAUCAGGAGAAGCGAAAGACCAUCAACGGCGAGGACAUCUUGUUUGCCAUGUCCACACUGGGCUUUGAUAUGUAUGUGGAGCCUCUCAAGGUUUAUCUGCAGAAGUUUAGAGAGGCAAUGAAGGGGGAGAAGGGCAUCACAGCAGUGCCAGUGACAGAAGGCCUGAGCGAGGAACUUGCAGAUGACAGUUUUGCAAAUCAGUUACCUGCUGGAUUGAUCACAGCCGACGGCCAGCAGCAGAACGUCAUGGUGUACACGACCUCAUACCAACAGAUCCCUGGUGUACAGCAAAUCCAGUUCUCAUGACCGGGUUCAGCUCUAAGACCAUGCAGCCUUUGAUCUGUUUGUGGACAGGUCACGCUCUUCACUUUGUGAAGUUUUACAGGUGGUUUUGGUAAAUGGCAUGAAAUAAGAGCAGGGGAAGAAAACCCUGCCACCAGAAAGCCUGAAAUUGUACAUUUCUUAGUGUUGUCUAAUUCAUGUAAGUCAUUUGUUGUUGUAACCCAUGUUAUUUUAAACUCUGAGAGCACUUGCUCUGAGAUGAUUGUUUUUGUGAGAUAUGUGUCCAUUGUAUUUGUUAGGAGUUUUUAAAGUUGGGGUUUGGGGGAGGGGUGUCUAGUGGAUUUACACAUAGAGAAUAAAGGGAUCCUUAUUUGAUUUGCUUGAAUCAUGUAAGAUAAAUUAAUGUCAGAUGUCCUUUGUUGAUUCUUAGAAUAAACAUAAAGAAAACAUA